GCAAAACGCACGUUUGUCGUACACACCAGUCGCACUUCUUAACGUUGGUGCCAACAACCUCGAUGUCCCCCUAUUUUGCCAAGGCGCUGCUUUUGAGGCGCGACCGUCCUCGACGUAGUCGUCCGGUGCAUCUUGAGGCUGGGAGACUUGUUUUGCGUGUCCACGCGAGCACAACGGGGUGUCAUGUUGGCCGAUUUCUCAACCCAAGUCCGGCGACACUUUGUUGACAAGGUCGUGAAGGAACUGCGCGCGGUGAUCUGGGUCGACGAACUCACAACCGCGACUGCUAAGGUCAAAAGUCGACGUGGCUUCGGACACCAUGGAUUGCCGCACGAGGUUUUGGAGUUGGCGGCGGCUGUCGGUCAGAUUCGGCGGUAACCGGUGGGGGUCGAUCGAUUUCCAAACCGUAGCAAGGCCUCGCCCGGUGCUGCCGAGUUCGUGGUCGUCGAGUUCUUUGUCUUCCAUGAUGGCAACGCUGCGGCUCGUCAUGAGGUUCUGGCUGUGGAAUAAGUUGGUGUUUAAGAUAUUGCUCUCUCGGGAAUGCAUUUCGGCACUCCGGAGCUUGUAUAUCGCUCGUUGCCAGGUCGACGUGAUGGGUCUGUCUGGCGCUGGGGAAGUUGAAUUGUUGGACGUGGAGAGCGAUGGAAACAUCGCAAAGGUUUUCAAGGCCGAUUCUUGUGCCGGCGACUUGCCCGACUGGCGAAACCAGAUGUAGCACAAACCAAUGCAGACUGUGAUGAGGACGCCGAGAAUCGUACCAAGGAUCCAUGGCAGCGGGUCCAUCUUCACGACGACCGUGAGGGGCGUCGUCGUCACGGGCACUUGGGCCGUCACGGUGUCGGCCAUGGCGAAGAGGACGACGAGCGUGAUCUCAACCUGCGUGUCGAAUCGCGAAUGGCACUUCGUCGGUACCGCC